AUGGCAGAGAUUCCAGUGAACUUUGCCAUAGAAACCUUGUCUUCCUUGCUUCUCCAAGAAACCAAGUUGUUGAGAAGAGUAAAGAGAGAAGUUGAAAGCAUCAAAAGAGAAUUGGAGUUCAUCAGAUCCUUCCUCAGGGAUGCAGAUACAAGGGCAUCAACCGAAGAAGAAGGGGAAAGCAAUGGAGGUGUCGUAAGUACUUGGGUAAAACAAGUAAGGGAAGAAGCUUAUGACAUUGAAGACGUCAUAGAUGACUACAUACUUAACGAGGCGAAGCAAGGUGGCAAAGGUCUCGCUGGUUUCCUUCAUAAAAUGUGUUGCUUCAUGAAUGAACUUAAGGUGCGUCAUGGAAUUUCAUCUGAGAUUAAAGAUAUCAAAUCAUCAGUUGCUGCUAUAAAGGAAAGAGCAGAACGCUAUAACUUGAGGCCCAUAGAUCAGGGAGAUUUUAUACCGCACGACUCUCGAGUUGAAUCCUUUUUCAUCCAAGACGCUGAACUUGUGGGCAUCGAAUCUGAUAGAGACCAAUUGAUUGGUUUGUUAGUAAGUGGAACAUCCGACCGUUUAGUGGUUGCAGUUGUGGGCGAAGGAGGACUUGGCAAGACCACUCUUGUCGGGAAAAUUUAUGAGAAUGAUAGAGUGAAGAAGCAUUUCGAUUGCGGGGCUCGGAUCACGGUUGGGAAAGAAUGCACCAAAAUGGAUGUACUAAGAAAAACUAUACAAGCAUUUGAGGGUGUGACAGGUUCUACUCAUGGAGAGAUGGACAAAAUGGAAGAGAAUGAUCUGCUCGCCGCACUGCAAAGAGAAUUAAAGGACAAGUGUUACUUGGUUGUGUUCGAUGACGUAUGGAAACUUGAAUUUUGGGAAUAUAUAGAGUAUGCUUUAAUUGAGAACAACAAAAGCAGUAGGAUUAUGCUCACAACCAGGAACAGGGACGUUGCUGAGCGGAUUCCUCAUGUUAAAAUCCACAGGCUACAACCCUUACCUUCAGAUAAGGCGUUUGAACUUUUUCGCAGAAAGGUUUUUGGUCCUCAGGGCUGUUGUCCCCUCGAGUUGGAGAAACUGUCUCAUGACAUCCUUCGGAAAUGUGGAGGUUUACCACUAGCAAUUGUUACCGUAGGUGGUCUUCUCUCAAACAAGAGCAAGGUUGCCUCUGAGUGGAAAAACUUACUUGAUAACUUGGGGUCACAGUUGGGAAGCAAUUCCCAUCUCAAAAAAAAGCUUGGUUCAAGUGGUAGAGACGGAUUUCAGUGGAAGAUCACCUAG